CGUGAAGCCACUGCACGAGACCCUGAGAGCAACCUCAGGACGCAGGGACCAUGAAGAGCCUGCUCCUUCUCUCCGUCCUGGCUGCCUUGGCCGUGGCAGCCCUGUGCUAUGAAUCUCAUGAGAGCUUGGAAUCCUAUGAAAUCAAUCCCUUCCUUAACAGGAGAAAUGCUAAUACCUUUAUAUCGCCACAGCAGAGAUGGAGAGCGAAAGCCCAAGAGAGAAUCCGAGAACUCAACAAGCCUCCCUAUGAGUUAAACCGGGAAGCUUGCGAUGACUACAAACUUUGCGAACGCUAUGCCAUGGUUUAUGGAUACAACGCCGCCUACAAUCGUUAUUUCCGGCAGCGCCCAGGGGCCAAAUAAGACCAGAAAAAGUGUCUCUCUCCAGACCCCAGUGGCUGGUUUUGUAAUCCCUUGCAGUAGCAUCACUGAACUAUAUAGACACAGACAAAUUGCUUGUUUCUUCAAUGUCCUUGUCUGGCCUCAUCCCCUUUCCUGACCCAGGUUGAUAAGGAAUGAAAGUGCCAUGGAGUGAAGGUCAAAAGAGUUAAACAUGUGAUUAUUCCAUAAUAAAUUUCUUGGAAACUUA